AUGUCGUUAGUGGCAGACGGCAUAGUGGAUACGUUGCGUCGAUGUGGAUCCGGUGGUGUCCAGUUUGUGUGCUGUCUGCUGACCAACCAGCCUUCGGAGAGCCCUGAUGACGUCAAUGUGCCUUUACUUCGGUCACAGUUCCGUGGAUUCCAACUGCUGGAUGCAGCGCGCUUGUACAAGCAGGGAUUCCCCGAACACAUGCCGCUUUCGGAGUUCGCUAGAAGAUAUCGGCUGCUAGCAACAUCGGAGAGCGACGAAAACGAGAACAACCAACAGAACACUUUGUCCGACCGGCAGGUGGUCGACGAUAUGCUCCUGGCUUUGGACCUGGAUGUCACCAGUUACAGGCUUGGAUUGACUCAG